UCUUGUUCCUCCCCACAGCGGAGCGUCGUCGUUGUUGUUGUCGUGGGAUAAUAAUGGCGGCAGCUGGAGGCGGAUUGACUGCCUCGGUUGUCUUCGCGGGCCUGAGCCCGUCUGCCCCGGCACGGUGUCGCUUUCCAGGGCGGCCGUGGCCGUCUCGCAGUCGUCAAAAGACUGGAAGGCGUUGGAGAGUCGGUCGUCUGGGGCCGGACGCGGCGGCGGCGGGCGGCCCGAGCGAGCCGAGGCCCGUUAACGUUGAGCUGACGCUGCGAGAAGAUCCGUCUUUACUGCGCUUGCUGAGGUUCAAUGAGCGGCUCCAGCGCCAGAAGGAUGCUGGUUUCUGCACCAGCGGUAGCGAUGAGGAGGGAGAUUUCACAGGCUUCCAAACCGGCAGUCGAUGGGCUUUACGCUCCGGACAAGAUACUUCACAAAAACGUUCCGUUCGAUCAUCCUCAAUGGAGAAACCGCUUCUUGCUCGUGAUGCAUCUGAAAAUGAUACAGUCGCGACUGCGAAAAAAGAAGUGCAGGAGACUGCAGAAAGAGAGAGAGCGCCUCCGUCAGAGAAACACGAGCGAGACGUAGGGAGACCCAAACUAGUUGAUAAACUGGCCACACAAAUGAUGGCUAAAAAAAAUCUGCCAAGGGAAACAGCUUUGCGUAGCGGUCGAGGCAAACGGUCUGAGAAGGAGAAAGGGACUGAGAUCUUGCAUGAAGAAGAAAACGGAGGUGUAGAAGAUGAGACGGUGGAUGAGUUGGGCACAGGCACUGAAAUAAUGGAAAAGAGGCCGAGACGUCCAGGUCAGAGGAGGCAAAGAAAAUCUCUAUGGAAUUUAACACUAAUUAAGCGUAGAAGAAGAGAUUCCAAAAAGGGUCUGGAUGAGAAUUUGGGCAGAGGAUCCCGGAGCGGGUACGCAAGGACCACCAGAUCAGGAAGGACUCAGGAGAAAGCAACGAAUGCUAUUGACCAAGAUGCUCCUGUGUCUCCAGGACCUCAUACCAAACAGCAGAAGGUCCGCAAAGCCCUGAUUGCCUCUCGGGAGGAAGAAGAGGAACCGGAGAAUGCAGUCUCUCCUGACGGGAUUGAAAGCACACCAGCGAAAGACAGUAGUCCACAUUCUCCCAAAUUAUCUCUCCGUCCCAUAAAGAGGCGCAGAUGUUUAUACGGGUAUCGUAAGAAGCCAGAGCAGCUGGCGCUGCUCAAAACAAGGAAGGCUCUGUCAUCAGCUGAGGGUAGGAUCCCCAGAAAAAGGAGGAAGCUUGUCUGUUACACCUAUGAAUCGGUUGAAUCGGCGGUGAAUCAGGAGCAGUUGCAUGAACCACCAGCACAGGCGGAUAGUCGGCAGGGACUCACAGAUAGCGUGAUUAGUAGUCGGCCAUCCCGGGUGAUAAGGGUACCGAAAAGGUUCAUGGACGAUGAAAGCAUGUCUGGACUGCUGGGAAAGAAACCUGUUCAAACUGAGAAUCAGGAGGAUGAGCCUUACAGUGACUCUGAGGAAGCAAACCUUUCCCAAACCCAAAAGCUUGGGAGCAAACAAAAGAUCGCAAGCAAAAGGACGCUAAGUAACGAUGAGGACAGCUUUGUCGGGAAGUCUGUGGUAUGGAAAUCCACUGGCCUGACUGGAGGUCCCCGAAAGAAAGUGGGGAGAACGGCGUAUGUUUCCACUCCUCUAAAAAUCUAUGAGCGUUUAAAGAUGCUUACAGCAAGCUUGACUCAGAGGAAAGAGCAGCGGCUGGUCAGCACACGGUUCAAAGCCCCUGGUGAAAAAGAAGAAUGUGAGAGGCAUGGUGAAGGUGAAUCUCCAGGAUCUGGAGAGCUGAAGAAAUGGGGGAGCCCUGAUAUCAAGAUCGCUGAUCUGAACUGUUCAGGAGUUGUACAUAAAGUAGCCAUACACGCCGAUGAUCAGGUGAUCGGUCAGUCUGCACUUUCGACUGUCAAAGGAACUGAUAAUAAAGCAGAAGCAGAGAAAACAGACCAUGAGCCACCUGCUACUGAUGUACAAAGUACGGAUGCUGCGAAGUCUGAGGUGGUGUUGGCACAGGGAAGUUCUUUUCACAAAGUGAACAUCUCUGGGGCUAACAAGAGAAUGCUUCACCUGCUGAAGAGGGCCAAGGUGCAGCUAAUUAAAAUUGACCAGCAGAAACAGAUGAAGACUGCUCAAAUGAUGUCUGGCACAGUUCGAAUUGGAGAUGGUGGGGUCAUGAGCAUGAAAAGGAGGGGGAGACCUCGAUUGGUCAAGACGGACAAGGAAGAGGUUCCUCAGGGACAGCCGGUCGGAGGUCCACGCAUAAAGCACGUGUGCCGAGCAGCGGCAGUGGCACUUGGACAGCCUCGUGCCAUGAUACCUGAAGACAUCCCCAGACUGAGUGCUCUGCCUUUACACGAGAGAGAAGGCAUCGCACCCUCACAAGACACAGAGGAUCUCGGUUCUCAUUCAGAGACAGAAAGCGCUUGCUCAGUUGAACAAAGGCCAGUGAAUAAGCACAAAGCUUUUGGUCUUCGACAGAGACGCUGCUCCAGCUGCAAGGGCUGUUGUCGGGAAGAGGACUGUGGGACCUGUGUGUUCUGUCUGGAUAAACCAAAAUACGGAGGACCGAACAAGAAACGUCAGAGCUGCAUCUACAGGAAAUGCUUAAAGAUUGAAGAGAACAGAAUGAGACGGAUGAAAGUUCAGAUGAAGCGACGGGGUAUGUACGCCCAAGCCGCUGCGUACAGCGGCGAAGAGGAAGGCGGCGAGGCAGAUUGCACGGUAGACGAGCUAAGCUCUAAUGCACCGAGCUCCGUCCGCAGGCAGCCUAGGCGCCAGGUUCCGCGACGAUCCUUCAGAGACCUUUUAGAGUCCGACUCGACUGACCCCGAUGCUUCUGGUGAAGACAUAGCAAAGGAACAAAGCAGUAGUGAACCAAGUGUUAAAGCUGAUGUAGAUACUGUUACACAACCUGCCGCACAAGAUGAGGUGGUGAAACCACCAAGGCCUGGACUGCCGAGAGGACUGUGGGGACGGCGUCGAAGUAAUAAGCUCCAGAGUUGCCCUACCUCAAAGGUCCCGGAGCACUCAGACACAGGAAGUCCAUCUGUAAAGCUCAGGCUGAGGUUCCAGCUGCGGCUGCAUAGACUGCCACCUAGCAUGGUGCGAGCUGCAGAGCUGUCUUCGGUGGCUGUAACUUCCCAGCCUGAUGACAAAACAGCACAAGAAGAGGAGGCGGAUAGAGAAAAGCGGGUUGUGAAGAAGGGUGCUGUGCAGCAACCCCUUAUUGACCCCUGUCUUCCUCAUUCCCAGAGCUCAAUGGAGCACAUGCCCCCCAGCGUCCUGGCCACACUGGCCAAAGGAUUUGCAUAUCGGGAACGGCCAACACUGGAGCCAGCGCACAAAAUCCGGGUCGACUUUAAGGAGGACUGUAAUAUUCAGAAUGUCUGGGCGAUGGGGGGUCUAAGUGUCCUCACGUCUGUUCCAAUCACAGUGGAGUGUUUGUGUCUGCUGUGUGCCAGUAAAGGCCAUCACAAUAUGAUAUAUUGUCAGAUGUGCUGUGAGCCCUUCCAUCGCUUCUGCCUCCCAGUCGAUGAUCGUCCACUGAAUGAAAAUAAGCAGAACUGGUGCUGCAGGCGCUGCAAAUUCUGCCACGUCUGUGGGCGUAAGGGGAAACAGGGAAAGCCGGUUCUGCAAUGUAGAAAGUGCUUUUACUGCUACCACCCAUCAUGUCUAGGGCCCACAUAUCCCAAACCUGGAAAGUGUAGUGCACCCUGGGUAUGUAUGUUGUGUAUUCGGUGUAAAAGCUGUGGGGUGACGCCAGGAAAACCUUGGAAUACGUCUUGGAAUCAUGAGCUUGAUCUUUGCCCUGACUGCUGUAACCUCCACAAACAAGGAAACUUUUGCACGGUGUGUCUGAAGUGCUAUCCCGAGCAUGAAUUCGAUAUGAAGAUGAUGCAGUGUGCUCGAUGUGCCCACUGGGUUCAUCCCAAGUGUGAGGGACUUACAGAUGACUUGCAUGAGAUUCUGAAGAGGUUGAGGGGGAAGAGUUUGGUGUUCUCCUGUGCAGCCUGCUGUAAAAACUUCCCUAGUGGCUGGCAGGAGGUGGUGCAGAGUGUCCUGCACAAUGGUCUAGAAAAUAUACUGAAUAGUUUGAUGAGCUCACUGACCACCCGUCACCUCCAGAAAUGCUCAGAGUGUGAAGCCUGUCCUGAUGCUGCCGGUAUAAAACGUAGGAAGAUGGUUUGUGAUCUUCAUGCUGUGAGAAGGAAGUUUGAAGAAGGCUCGUACACUUCACUGAAUGUGUUUCACGAGGAUGUGGUGACUCUACUGGUAAAGCAGCUACAGCAAGAAGAAGCACUUCCAGAAGAACAGAGACCAACCGCCCAGGCCAAAGCAUUCUAUAUUAAAUUACUGGAGCAAACGUUUACGUGGUUCAACGGUCAGGACCCUAAAGUAUGGAGACCUGUAAUGAAAGAAUUGCCAAGUCGUAUGCUCCCAGAUGCGAUAAUCCCACCAUCUGAAGAGCACAGUUAUGCCCAGUGGUUGGAGGAGCACAACCACAGCAUAGCAAACAAAAACCAGGAAAACCUUCAAUUUAAUGCGCAGAGAAAAGAUCCUCAGAACGCUAACCGACGUGGUGUAGAUGAAAGACACUGUUCUCUUUGUCAGCAGCGGGGUGAUGCCAAACCCACUGAUGCAGGCAGGUUGCUGUACUUGGGCCAAAAUGAGUGGGCUCAUGUAAACUGCUGCAUCUGGUCAGCUGAGGUUCAGGAAGUCAAGGGUGCGCUGUUGCAUGUGCACAGUGCUGUAGCAAGAGGACGCUUCAUGCGUUGCGAGCGGUGUGGCCAUGCCGGGGCGACCGUGGGCUGCUGUCUCUCUUCCUGUCAGAGUAAUUACCACUUCAUGUGUGCUCGUGCCAGCCAUUGCGUCUUUCAGGCCGAUAAGAAGGUCUACUGUUACAAACACCAUGAUCUCAUCAGCAACAAGGUGAUAAACGUAUUUGAGGUCCUCAGACGGGUUUAUGUAGAUUUUGAAGGCAUUAACCUUCGAAGAAAGUUUCUAACAGGCUUGGAACCAGACUCCAUUAAUGUUAUGAUUGGCUCUUUACAAAUACACAGAUUGGGUGUGCUCACUGAGUUAUCUACAAACGCAGGGAAAUUGUAUCCUGUGGGUUACCAGUGCACUCGGUGGUACUGGAGCACGUUCGACCCACGUAAGCCAUGCAAAUACACUUUUAGUGUGACAGAUGCACGCCCUUCAUCACUAAGGAAAACGCCAUAUCUAGCACAAAACCAGGGAGAGAACUGCACUAUUGCACACAGCCCGAAACAAGAUGAAGACUCCAUAGAUGCUGGUCUUGAAAUGAAGCUCACCCCUGGCACCCCUUCUCCCAACUCCAAACUGGACUCAGGGACAGGAUCUAAAACUCCUAGCCAUCCUCUGAACAGGAGACCAGCUGGUGGGACGUUCAGACCAUUGCCUUCACCAGGGACAGUAUCCACUUCCCAUCACAUCCUGACCAUCAGUGACCUUGAUGAAACACGCCGGUCAAGAAGGAUUUCCUUACGUAGCCGAAAUGCCUCACCCCCUCAUACAUCUCCCUCUGGGUCAUUGAAAAUAUCUUCAGGUGCUGGUCUUCACCCCAGAUCGCUCCCAUUUAGCUCACCUGUCUCUCCACUUGGAGCUCAUGACAACCCCGCUAGCUCUGUUUCACCUCGCCGCAGGGGCCGCCCUCCUUCCUCUCCUUCUGGUGCUACUUCGGCUUACUCCCCUCGGCAAGGUACAGUUGCGAGCCCCCCUUCAACUUUUAUCUUGUCACCAUGUCACUCUCCAAAGAUUCAGCAGCAUUUAAAGGUAGCACCACAAGAGUCUGCAGAAGUACCUCAGGAUUUCUCUGCCUCUUUAGAGCCCGAAGAUGCUGCUGGAAUGCCAGAGGAGGCCAUUUCCAUGAUUGCAGUUAUGAAUAAUGGUGACGCAGUGCCACUGUCCUCAGACCAAGAGUUGCUCUCUACACAGUUCGAUGCUGACACAGAUGUAGCCGUUGCCUCUAUGUUGAAUGAAAAACUUGAAUUUGAUGAGGCCCUGCUAAAUGAGAAUGUGGCCUUGCACUUUGGCCAGCAUGGCAGUGGAGCAGAAGUGGCAGAGCAGGGACAGGGUUUAUUGAUCGACGGAAAUGGCUUGCUUGAUGAAAAUCAAGUUUCAAGUGCAGGUGCCAGUAGAUGCAACUCUAGAAUAAAGGAUUUUUCUAGUCUUUCAGCUGCUGAAGAGCUAAUGGAACAAGACUCAACUAACGAAGACUCCGAUCAUUACUUUAAUUUCUCUCGCACAGUAGUAGUCUGUGAUUCUGCUAAGGAUUCUGCACAGACAGGGUUAAUGCUCCAUCCUGCCUCGCAGUCAAUCUCUCAGCUGGAUGGAGCAGACAACAAUUCAGAAAGUGAGGCAGGUGAAGCCAGUGGGGAGGACAAUACUCAGGAAGUAGGAAAUAGUUAUGAUACGCCGAAGGACAGUGCUUCUGUGGGGAAGCCCUCCGGAAGCAGGGUAGAGUUCACUGGCAAAGCUGAGUCCUUUGUGACAGAAUCCUUACAUGUGGUCAAAGAGCAAGAUAUGUUGGAGAAAUGUCCAGGAUCAGCAUUCUUACAAAAGAAUGAUGACAUUGUGGAAUCCAUCGCAGAGGAAUUCGCACCACAAGAAGGUACAUCUAUGAAGGAUUUAAUGGUGUCAUCUCCCCCCAUGUUUGACACAAGCAGUGAUCUUGCCGGACACAACAUUCUAAUGGACAGCGAGCCUCUGGAUCACUUGAACGAGGUGGUGCUGGAUCCGGCUAGUGACGAUUUAAUCUCUGCUCAAGAUGGAGGCUCAGUAAAUGUGUGUGAUUCCUCAAAAUUGUGCAGCAAUGAGAAAGGACCAGAGAAGAUUGUACUUUCAGAACCACCUUCUUUGGGCAAUGUUGACAAAGUGACAAUUAUCACAUCUAGUCCAGCCCCACCUAAACGCUUUAUUAUUCCACAGCCUCUUACACAACACAGAGUAGUCAAAAUGGCUCUACCUGCUGUCUCGUCUCUGGCUUUACCUUUUAACAACGUUUCCACUGCAUCUACUCUUUCAGUUUUUCCACAAAGAAACCAUGUUCUCACUUCCUCUCCAGUUAUAAUAAAUGGUCUGGACUCUCAGCACAAGGAUACAACAAAAAACCGACCUCUUGCCAUUCGAAUUCCUGCCACUGCUAAAACAAAUGUGACUAGUACACUGACUAGCCCACAAGUUUUGCUUGUCAACCGCUCUGGUCAAAUAUUAGUAAAAGACCCACAGACCAAUAGUUUCCAGAUGCCUAGUGCUAAUUCACCUUCUUACAGCCAAAUUAGCCAGAUUGCUAAGAUCAUCCACAGUCAUAACCUCGUUCAUAGAACUGUACCCAGAAUCAUGGUGACCUCGAUGCCACAAGCAAGCCUCAGCCAAGGUACUACUACACAUGUGGUAUACACCAAUGGUGCAGCACCUUCAACUAAAGUUUUGAUCAGGAGAUUACCACAGAACUCUUCAGAAGUGCAAACGAACAGCAGCAGUAUACCUAUGAAAGGAACUGGUGGCGUAAAGCUCACAAAUGUAUCAGUGCAAAGUACAUCCGAGUUAGAAAGGAUCCAAGGGGAAGAUGCCCAGGCAAUAAUUGAGAGAGCCAUGGCAAGCCACAGGGAUAUGGCAAACCCUUCUGGGCUGAGCCCCUCCAAAUUACAGUUCCCCCCAUAUCUUAAUAAGCUACAGUCAACCGAGUCUACUGAUGUGGUAAAACAGUUUCCAGGGUCGCAUCUCCAAACUACGUCCGACAUUCUGCCGCAUUUGAGGCCUCAGGUCAGGGUCAAGAGGGUGUCAUCAGUAUCAGAACGAACUGGCUUAAAACAAUGCAAGACCACCUCCUUAGAGCCAGCAGUUCUCACCCCUCAGGAUGAGAUAAACAGAUCGAUAGGCGUCCGUAUUAAAGCCCCAACCAUUAAGGAGGUGCUGCAUUUUAAUCCGCCGGAAGCUAAAAAUCUUUGUGAACCAAAGAGUAAUGAAGCCAAAGAAUCUGAAAUCAAAAGAAUUAUUCCAAAGGAAUGUAAACCCAGUGAAGUGCAGGAUAGCGAAAGCAACCAAGACAAAAAUCAAGAAUGGGUCGGCUCCAGAAACAGCGAUUUGUCCGACUGGACCCCCUGUUCAGGAUGGAGUUCAGACGAGGAUUCAUCAUCACCAUUUAAGAACGACCAGGAUCUGUGUUCCGGGCAGGAUAAACCUCACCUGUUGUUCAGAAUUACUAGUGAUGACGGCUUCAGCGUGGAGGCAGAUAGCAUAGAGGUGGCUUGGAAGGCAGUGGUUGAUGGUGUCCAAGAGGCACGGACAGGCUACAGGCUUGAGCAGCUGCCUCUGGCUAGAAUAAGUGGUUCCUGGGUGCUGGGUGUCAUUCAUGACGCCGUGAUGUUCUUGCUAGAGCAGCUACAGGGGGCAUCACAGUGUUCCAACCAUCGCUUCCGUUUCCACCAGCAAGAAAACGCUGAGGAAGAGCUACCGUUAAACCCUAGCGGCUGCGCUCGUGCUGAAUUCUAUUCAAGAAAAAACACAUUUGACAUGUUUAACUUUUUGGCCUCCCAACAUCGUCAGCUUCCUGAGAGCAGGCUGUGUGAUGAAGACGAGGAUGACGUCAAGCUCAAAUGCAGCAGACGUGCAACCAGCACAGAGUUGCCGAUGGCAAUGAGGUUCAGACAUCUUGAGAAAACGUCUAAAGAAGCUGUUGGGGUUUAUAGAUCUGCCAUUCAUGGUCGUGGUCUUUUCUGCAAACGCAACAUAGAAGCUGGAGAGAUGGUGAUUGAGUAUGCUGGAAAUGUAAUUCGUUCAGUCCUGACUGACAAGCGGGAGAACUAUUACAGCAGUAAGGGCAUUGGCUGCUACAUGUUUCGCAUUGAUGACUUUGAGGUAGUGGAUGCCACCAUGCACGGCAAUGCAGCACGUUUCAUCAACCACUCGUGUGAGCCGAACUGUUACUCGAGGGUCAUUAACGUGGAAGGCCAGAAGCACAUUGUCAUUUUUGCGCUGAGGAAGAUCUAUCGCGGGGAAGAGCUCACCUAUGACUACAAAUUUCCGAUUGAAGACGCCAGCAACAAGCUGCACUGUAACUGUGGUGCUAGACGAUGUAGACGCUUUCUCAACUAGCUACUCUGAAGUAAAGGGAUCUAAAACACCUGCACAGGCGGAGGAAAUUAACAGAUGGAUUAAAGUCGAGAAAAACCUAAUAGAUUAUUUGUUCACAAUUGUAGUCAAGGUAGACAUUUUCUUCUAUCCAGACUCCAGGAAAGCAACUAUGCCACAGCCAUCUGUGACUGGGAGUCCGAAAAGCUCAAAAAUGGCUCUGCUGUCUGAAUGUGAUUAGGAGCAUUAGUAUGUCCCCUGUCAAUCAGAGCAACAUGUGAACUCUCUCCUAAAUGUGCGUGUUCAGCUGCGCUGUAACAGGACAUCCAAUAAGAUAUGGUAGCUGGCUUGGAGGAAACACUGGCUAGCUUUCACCCUUUUUGGUUGGUGACUGUCAGGCGAUGAGGGUGAACUAGCUAACGUGCCACUAGUGUGGACAGCAUUUACUUAAUAUGAAGGUAGUUGAGUUUUCAGUUUUCGUUCUUGCGUCUAAAGUUCCCUUUGUACCUCUAGGUCCGUAUUUCAUUAUUACUGCUUUCCCUUUUAUAAAAAAAAAAAGGAAAAAAGUACCUUGUGAAUUGCCUCAAGUCUUGUGUGCACACAGCCAUAUUGCUGGACCUCAAUACACCAGGGCUUUAGAGUAAAACAAACAGUAUUUUAUCUAAUAAAUUUGUUCUUGCUACUGAUACUGAAGGUCUCCAUACCUGGAGAAUCCACCGUUCGCAUCUUGUCAUUGUGGCUCUGUAUUUUAUCAGAGAGUAGCUGGAUUAUUAGAACUCAUUCUCACAGAACACAAGGUCGAGUAAACAUUUUUAAUGAAGGUCAUUUUCCCUGCUUGUGUUUGUUUUUUUUUGUUUUUUUUUUUUUUGUUUUUUUUUUUUUAAACAAACGCACAUCGUUGUUGAUUCGUUUAUUAUUACUGCGCUCGAACUGUAUGAGAUCAAGCCAGCUCAAGUCGUAAUGACUCACUGCAGCUUCUUACUGUCACAUACCUGUACAGUUUAUUUUUUACCCCCUAUUUUGAACUAUAAGAAAUUGGGGUGUAUAUAAAGGGAAGGUGUUCAGUGGUCUGCACUGGAAACGUUCUUUUAAAUUUUUAAUAAAUAUCUAGUUUUUAUAUAUUUUUUUUCUUGUGCUUUUUGGAGAAUUUAACCCCCUGGAUGUAGAAACAUUUCUAACAUGAGCUGUGAAAUCUUCCAGCUGUAACCAGCACAAUCACAGCAGACUUAAAUGAAAGCAUACAUCUGUUGUACUUUAAUAAGGUCAAACACGUAACCUGAAGAGAGAACCAUCCUUCUUUAUAGCUAUGAAUUAUUCCUUUAAUAAAUUCUCUCUUCUGUAAGUAAUACCAGGGACUUUGAAAGUCUACUACCUCAGUGGCUAUGACCAGUGAUGGCUAGUGAAACACCAUGAACAGUAGCAGAAACCUUUGCUACCAUGUUCUACACUAGCAUUAAAUGUAUGCAAUGUGACUGCAGGUUAUUAAUAUUAUUAUAAUUUUUUUUGUUGCUUUCAACAGUCUUCGGGUCCUUGUAUUUGUGUACAGACUUGUAGUUUUUUUUGUUUGUUCGUUUUUUCCCAAAUGCGAAGAGUAAAGAUUGAGUCGUUAAUUUAGCUUGAGGAACCGCUUCCAUCUUAUUUGGCACAAUGGCAAUCUUUUGUAUAUAGUUGUACAAACACCGGAAAUGUUUUUUUUUAUGCACUUUUCUAUUUAUAAUGUUCUAAAUGUAAUAAAGAACCUCUUUAAACAAAA